UAGAUCUUCCUAUUUCUCACUGCUAUAACAGCGCCAUUGGUCACACUCAGCCCACUCAGCUGCUCUACUUUGUGGCGCCUGCCGACAAUGCUAGCGUGGCGCUUUUGCAGUGGUCGUACUGGGCGAUCGUGAUGAUGACGCGUUGUGUUGCCGACUCUGCUGCUGCCGCCGACGACGCUUGCCUCUUUGCUUGAAUCGGGUCUAUCUCCGCCGACUACGGACCGCAUACAUACCUCUUGCCGUCUGCUAGAUGGCGCUGCUGCAACCGGUACUUGUGGAAGCACGUGUCUGACCGCCGCUCAGUGCUCAUUAGCGAAGUUACCGCCAAUAUUGCCUGCCCCUUUCGCUAUCUGUCUGUUGUUUAUACUGUUCGUGGUGCCAUUUCUGGUUGUCGUCCCGCUAGUCACCUAGACAAUAUUCUAGAAGGAAGAUUCAUGGUAGGCCUGUGUGUCUACGCACGUGUGUGUGUGCUGUUUGUCCUCGCUCUUAGCUCUUUCAUGCUGGUUAACCUGUAUUAGCACCAAUAGCAGUGCUCGGAAUAGCAAGAGUCGCCAAAGACGUCGGCGGUUGUUCGCGCUGAUGCUGCAGACCACUCGAAUAUUGUUGAAUAUUGCCUCAGCCCUCUUGCAUUUGUCUGCUGCAGGACCGCUGCUGUAUAAAGCAGUGCCCAUCGCUACUAGCAAUGAUAGUACGAGCAUAUCCAUAGCUACAGUCUCAACCGCCAGCGUAGACGUUGCAGCUACUGAGAGCGCGCAGUCGCUUCAAGGGCGCGCCUCCGUGCCUGUUCGCUUGCUUUAGGAGUGAAUCUAUUUCUGUAUGUGCCUAAAUGUGUCUCAGGCUGGCAGAGUUGUCGUGUGUGCCUUCAAAAGUGGCGAAUGAGCCGGUAGAUAGAGACGCAAGAAGAAGCUAGAAAGAAAACGUUAAAGACCAACGGAAGACCAAGACCACGAUCGCGAAUACGAACCAGUAGUAUCCUGGCUGCGUUGCCGUUGCCAGAGUGGUAGAAGACAGAAACGCUGUGGGUGCUUGGUCACUAAAUUCUGUUCUACGAUAGCUCAACGAAGCCAAAAACAGUAAUUGGGUUGCUGUUAGCUAGCAUCGCAGUGGAUGGUCGCCACAACAGGGAACUUAGUGCGCUAACAUUGACUCUAUCUAUUGCUAUCCCCGCCGCCACCAUCACGUCUACCUCUAAUCACCUGUGCUGGUGACAAAAGGAGCAGUGCGUAAACGGUGUAUUGCAUGUACAUAUACGUUGCUGGAGGCGUUCCAGUAGUAGGUGAUGUUGGAAUAACGCUACUGGGGCCUUCGUCAGGCCGCUCACGCUGAGAGAAACACAAACGUGGCUUGCUUUCGGAUAGCCAGCGCUGAAAUACCAGCCAAUGUGUGGCUGUAGUAGCUAUUGCUGAUCAGACGCGCAGACGUUUAAAGAAUUAGGCGGAAGAAGUUACUGGCAUCACAGUGUUAUCAUCAUUAGGUAGAACACAAGACAGAGCGUUCGUAACUUAUGUACUGGUGAAACGCACCCAUUUCGUAACUCCGACGAUCUAUGAAACCCACGUUACUUCACUGUGGGUCAAGCAGUAUACACUGCUGUUACCACUGCUAGAUAUUGGCAAUUCUGCUAGACAAUGCGUAGCAGCACAACACAGAAUAGAUUAAAUUAAUCGGCUUACCGAGCGAAGAGUACCUAGCAAAGGUCAUUGCUGAAGCAACGCUCACAACACUGCAGUGAUAGGCAUUCUAUGGAAAUGGAGAACCGCACAAAGAACAAACCUAUAUGUCGUGAAGAUGUCUCGUCGGACGGCUUCAUUCUUGCUAUGCAAUGAAGGUCAUGGGUGAACACUGGAAAACCGACAAAACGAACCCAUACAACAAUUGGCCGUCGGAAACAGUAUAGAGGUGUGUGUAUUGCGGACCUUAGCAUACUUGAAAGGGAGCUGAGCGCUGAUUGAUUUUAGUUCAUUCGUCCACACCCGGAGGUCUGUUGUCCUCAACUGAGCUGUCCAACGUCGAGCCCCCGCAAUGUGGCUUCGCAACUGAUUAUGCUGAUUAGAGUCACACUUUUCUGCAUCCCUUGGCACAGUCCCGGGUCGCACGUACCAGCCCCAACCUUGAGACAAGUUAUAUUAUUGAUUGCCAUUUACAACAGGUUGGCAUCAGAAUACAACAGAUAGCCUUACUGUUCUGCGCCUAAGGCAGUAGAGUAGCAGCGACAAGCACGAUGCCAGCGGGGACCAUCGGCGAGAGUGAUGAAGACGAUUACAUUAUUCCAGCGGCAUCGCGAGCAGCGGCGACGCCAGCAGCUAUAGAAGCCCCCGACCCGUCUGCGCCCAGUUCGGAUCUAACGUCAGCUGUCUCUCUAGCGUCUCCUAGAGGCUUACCCGCCACCGAAAAUCCUACCGUAACUCUCCUACGAGCCGCCAGAGAAAACUCAACGGAGCGCAGGUCGUCCCCAGUAACGACUUCUGCGACAGGCGAGAAAUCCGUGCAGAAAUAUUCCGUUGCAAAUUUGCCGCUGCUUAAUUGCGCUCCUGCAAACACGACGCUUAUCGAAGGAUUUGUCACAAAACACAAAUCAACGCCAAAGGUACACGGAGUUGGACCUACAGAAAACGGGGUUCCUAUCACGCCCAGAGGGAAUAUAGACGAUGAACAUGGCAGAGAUUGGUAUAGAACAAUGUACAAGCGGUUGCACACAUACAGGAAGCCCCAGGCAGACCAGGAAGUGAUUACCGUACGAGUCAAGCGAGGUCUUGCACAUUACAGGGACGACGGCUACGUUUCGGAGCCAGAGCAUACACCAGCUGAGCGGCGCCGUUUCAGUGAAAAGCGGUGGCCUUACGAACAUCCUGAAUAUCAACGACUCAGUUCUGAGAGCAACGAGCAGAAAACAUAUUCAUCCUAUAGAGUAAAGCCUAAAAGGAUUGAGGAUUAUCAGCCAGGGGAUUCAUCGGUGAGUGCUGUUGAUAGCGCUGUUCAGCGAGACAAGAUGUAUCACCAGCACAAAUACAAUCCGCCAGUUCCGACCCCACCAAAACCAGCCUACGUUCCUCUUCUCAGCGUCUUCAACGACGACGAUUCCUAUAGGAUGGUCAAGUUGGCCCAAGAUCUGCCCCCAAUCACCGCGAGCAACGCUACGCAACGGGACUGGUAUCGGAGCGUUCAAAAGGGGCAUGAUAUCCCACUUGGAGGACUCCGAAAGCCUCAACCUUCUCCGCCUAAGGAACUCCGCGUGGGUCCGUGCCCCGUUGUGCAAUCAAGCAACCCCUACGAAUUUGAUUUUUGCGCAGAUGCGUAUAAAUUCCUGGAGAGUCAAAACUUGGCGCUAGAACGUGACUACGAAGAUCUGAAGGCGAUGCGCCAGCGCAAGGAAGAGGAAUUGCAGCAGUUUCGCGAAGAAGCUCAAAUCAAGAAGCAAAUCCAAAAUGAGGUGGAUCAGGAAAUGAGGCGUUAUCAUGAUACACUACUGUCUGGCAACAAAUCCCCAGUACCUGGAAAUCGAUAUGACGGUUCCGCCUACGAGACGGUGUUCUUUACUCCGGAUAACAAAGAGGUCAUUAUGCUAGGCAGGGUCAUUUACGACUUUGUAGCUCACGCACCCAGGGAGCUGAAUUUGAAAAAGGGUGACCUGGUCUACAUUUUCAAAAAAAUUGAUCGCAACUGGUAUGAGGGAGAAUGUCUUGGACGGUCUGGAAUCUUUCCUGUCAAGUAUGUUGAUGUAUUCCCGCCAUCAUCAAUCGAUACGCUUGCUGGAAUCAAAGUGCAAGAGGGUUCAGCUAUUGGCCGUUUCAAUUUCCCUGCCAAAUCUGCUACUGAACUCAGUUUCAGAGUUGGCGACAAACUGCAGCUGAUUCGUCGCAUUGAUCAUAACUGGUUUGAGGCCAAGAUUGGAACCCGCCGUGGGCUCGUCCCAGAGAACUACCUUACCGUUGUUGCGGAGCCCAGCGAGAUUCGUGUCCCAAAGUGAACAGCUGUUUUUAAUUACUGAUCACAAAUACCUGUUUAGUGUCACCUAACUCUAAUUCUGCUGAAGAUCUAAGAGAGCAUAUUGUCAACAGUCAAUACGCUCUCUCAGCACAGUCUGACGCCUGAGUAUUGAAUUUAUUUACUGUUGAUUAAAAAAUUACACGUACCACGAUUAUGGCGAUAUAUGAUAGAGGUCAAAUAUCUGCUGAUCAAAUCUGUUAAGUUUGAUUUCUGUUCGUUCUGCACCUUAUUACGCGGCAAAAGGAAUUAUCCCUGCAAAAAAAAGGCCGAUUCUCGUUUUGUCAACCAACCUCGGAUAAUUGAAAACCUGCUUUGGUUUCGGCAUAGUUAAUUUAGUACACAACAUUUUAGCUUGCUCGAUGAUUGUUAUGUUUUUUCCGUAUGAGCUUACCUCCCGGUUGAAGAAAACAUCUUUUUGUAACAUGUAAUAACAUUCAAGCCUUCCUGUUUUGCCUUCGAUCUCUUAAGACAUUGUCCAAAAGACGAUCAUAUUUUUUUUCUAGAAUCCUGCCGCUCUUUUUAUAAUAUCGAUAUUAAACUAUUCAUUUUAUCACCUUAAAAAGGGUCAGCUAGCCCUAAGACCCACUUCUCAAGAAUAACUUAAUUGAUUCGUUAUCUUGCAUUUUUUUUAUUCAGUUAUUCAGUUGUUGAUUUGUUUUUCGUUUUGUUAUAUUACGUAGUGUGAAGACACAAUGUACCAAAGAGAUGGUAGGAGUAACUUCAUUUCAUAUUCGUAACAUUAUUACUAACUCGAAAAAAGGUCGAGGCUUCACAAGGAUUUGUCAAAAGAUGGAUCCUAUCAGAGAAAGAAGGCUUUGCGAUUUUAAAUAAAAAUUUAUAGCAUAAACAAUAAUAGUAACUUAUACUAAAUACUUACAUCGCUGGACAUGACUUUAUUUGCACAUUAUUUGGCCUGUAGAGUAAUACAUUAACUUGAAUAUUAAUCCAUUAAUGAAUUAUGAUCAAGCAGUAAUAGCACAAUCAUGUGCCGUGAUUUAUGAUUUUUAUUCCUGGAUUUUUGAUUUCCGGGCUGAUUCAAAUUCCUGGAUUUUCACUGGCAGGUCCUUUUGAAGAACAGUGCUACUGUACGGCAACAAUAUCUCAAUACUUUCUGUAAUUAUAAUAACAUCGUAUUCAGCUUUCUCUCUCAUCUCUAGGCAGAGUUAUUAUUGUUUACAAGUUGUUCUAGUGAUAAGAUAUUUGCGGUGCAGAAAAUUUAUUAUUUUAUGUAUAACUGGCUUCGCUUAAUAAAUAUAUUUAUUAAGCGAAGCCGGUUACACAUAAAAUAUCUGAUCCUGCCACGCGUGUGGAGUGCACUAUUGCAGUCAAACGCUCAGGCUAAUAUUUUAACAGCCUUUGCAAUGUCGUCACAAACAAUAAGACUAUCAUACAAAUAAGUUACGGCGAAGGACAAUGGUAUUGUAAUGGUCAAACAAAAGUUGUAAUAAAAUACAGAGUUCUCUAAAGAAACCA